AUGGUACCCAAAUAUGGAUUCGAAUCUCAUAGUGCUUCAGUGGCACAUUCUGGUAAUUUCUCUUUCGCUGCCCAAACUCCAUGGAUAAUCGAUUCCAAUGCAACAUAUCACAUGACAGGUUCAUCUCAUUUGUUUGAUUCUUAUUGUCCCUAUUUGAAAAAAUAUAGUGUCAAGAUAGCAGAUGGCACUCAAUCCCCUAUUGCAGGAAUUGGCACCAUUAAAUUGUCUAUUGAUUUACUUCUUAAAUCAAUUCUUUACGUUCCUUCUUUGAAAUGCAAUUUAAUUUCUGUUCACAAAUUGACUUCCGAUAACAAUUGUCUUGCUAAAAUUGUGUCCAAUUCUUGCCAAUUUCAGGAUCUAUCAUCGGGGAGGAUGAUUGGCAGUGCUAGGAUUCAUGACAGACUUUAUUUCUUUGACAAACAACAUCCAAUCAACAAAGUUCCAAGUACUCAUCCUUCAAACACUCAGUCAGAUCUAGACAUUCCUACUGCAUUAAGAAAAGGAACUAGAUCUUUUACUCAACACCUUAUUUUGAAAUUCAUCUCUUAUUCAAAAUUAUCAUCUCCAUUUAAAGCUUUUACCUCUACUCUAUUAGAUGUUGUGAUUCCCAGGAACAUCAAUGAAGCACUUGAUACUCCUCAAUGGAAGGCAGCAGUUCUCGAAGAGAUAAAAGCACUUUAA